GUCCUUGUUCCCAGCAGAUACAUAUGCAUAUGCAUAGGUAGAAUAUGCUUUUUGCUGGGGUGGGGGGCCGGAUAACAGGAAUCGCGCGUCACGUUAAACGGACGUGAAAGUCUGUGAGACUCGUGAGGAGCUUUCACCACAAUAGAAUAUUCUCGUCACUGAGCUUCUCAGUAGUGAGUGGUGUGUCAUCAUGAUUGACGGUGUCUGUCGCGACUGCCCGUUGUCAUAACAAACAUGUGAAGCCGUUGUUGUCGUCAGUUCCCACCACAAAGCAGCCGGAGCUUCUCAUUUGGUGAAAUCGAGCACGACUUGGUCUGCCACUCUCGCGCUUCAGCUCCAUCAUCAACACCACAACAUUCCGCCAACAGAGUACCGGUUCACCACAGUCCCACCAAGUACGAUUUUCCCCUUCAUAGUCUGUCACCAUCCGCGCCAUCAGCAGCACAUAUUCAUCCUCACGCGGCUGACCACGUUCGCCAAUCCCAACAGCAAAAUGGCGAUCAAGUGGACUUCUGAGCGCAACGAGAAACUUCUCAUGCUCGUCAUCGGCGGCAUCCAAGUCGACAAGGAGAAGCUGGCUCAAGACUGGAAGGAGCAGUACCGUAUGUCAUCCCACUUCAUCGUGUGAGUUCCAAUCAUACUGACUCUGAUAUAGCGGACGAGGAUUUCCAUCCAACUGCGCGCGCCAUCGUCGAGCAGUUCAAGAUGUUGCAGAAGAAAUCCGGCGUCAAGGGUGGCACCGCAAAGAGGAGCUUCUCGACGCCCAAGAGUACUGCCAGGACAACGCCUGUCAGUGGGCGCACGACGCAGUUCAAGACACCGACUGGAAGCGCCAAGCGGGCCAGGGCGUCUGCGAUGAGUGACGACGACGGCGACGACGACGAAACCAAGAUGGAUUUCGACACGCCGCUGGCGAAGCGCACUACACCGAGCCGUCGUUCCGGCGCUCGAAAGAUCUAUGCGGAUCCUGACAGCAGCGAGGACGAUGCCAUAGCAGAUGCAAACGGUGGCAAUGACAGCGACGAUGGCUUAGACGCGGCCUUCGAGGCCGUCAAGGCUUCUGUCAAAGUCGAAGAGGUCGUGCCAUCCGUUACGAAAGAAGCAGGAAGUCACGACCCAAGCGAGCGCCCAGACAGUGUGACGGGCCGUAUCCCAGCUAUCGGUGCGAAGGGAAAGGCUGGUGAAACCCGAGGCCACCUGGAAGAGGACUCUGAUGGAAGCGACUUUCUUCCUUUCUGAGACGGCUUCGACAUGAGCGUGUCGUGUCCCUUGCGUGAGAGCACAACUUGGCCUGAUGUGCUUGCUUCAAAACGGAAGGACGCGAGCGCUUGGAACUGCGCUGCAUUCAAAGAACUUCCAGGGAUAGCAGCGAGAAGAGCGGUAAUGACACCGAGACAUGGAGAGUGAAAACUUCACAUCAUGAAUGAAUUGACCAUAGCCCAAUCGUCUCCCAAACAGUCCUUAUUCUCCAGUAUCGUCUUUCCCUCCGCACCAUGAAAUGCCACCUUGAUCGCAGUCUUCGCCAGCCUCUGCACCGCAAUACUCGGCACCACCGCCUCCGUCACCACCGUCAUGAUCCCCUCCGUAUCCCCCUUCAACACCCCUCCCGGCCUCAACGCUACCACCUCAAAACACUUAUGCUUCUCCCCUCCAUUAAUCCUCAUAUUCACCUUUGCAUCCUUCCCAUCCCCCGGAUUCAACCCCUUCUCUUCCGCUGCAGCCACCACCUCAAACAACGCCUUCUCCGCCGCGCCUUUAAUCUUGCGACUCUCAUUAUACAUCCACAACCGGCGAAACUGAUCCUGCUCCGCUCCCCACCCAGAAAUGAACACAAACCGAAACGGAAACCUCUUUUGUCCCGCCGCUGGCUGCUUCUCCGGAAAUCCCACAUAUGGCUCCAUAUACUUUGCAAUCCCCGCCUGAAACGCCUCUGCAGCCGCGACAGGAUAAUUCACUCCCACUUUCCUCGCAGCAUCGAUAUUACUCGUCGUGGCCAUGCCCGGCCCCACGCCCAGACUCCAAAUACAUGCUUCGACGCCUUCUUCGCGAAACCGUUGCAGGAGGGAAUCGGAAUAGGAUUCAAAGUCUUCGUGCAGGAUUUGAGUGACUUUUCGUGAACUGUUGGCUUGGGGCGAAGGGUGGGGACGUCGUGUGAGGAGGUAGAUGUGCGUGAUGUAGUUGUGGGAGAUGAGUUGGGAGAGGAUUUCGGUGCCGAUGAAACCUGUGGAGCCGGUAAGGAUGAUUUUCAUGGUGUUU